AUGACUUCUCCCGCGGUGGCAGCUCAGUUGCUCACUCCAGCCGCAGUCCAAGCGGCGUAUGAUCUGAUCCAACCCCAUGUCCACCGUACACCAUUAGUGACCUGCAAGACCCUCGACGCCAUCGCCUCGACACCGCAAUCCCCCGAAGCCUUGGUUGGAACACCAUUUGAAGGCCAAACCCCUGCUUGCCCACAGUUUCGAUUUUUCUUCAAAUGUGAGAACUUCCAGCGAAUCGGUGCCUUUAAAGCACGGGGUGCAUUCCAUGCAUUGCUACGGCUACUAGAGGAGCGAGGAGAGGAGGUGAAACGGCGCGGGGUGAUCACCCAUAGCUCUGGAAAUCAUGCACAAGCCCUCGCCCUUGCUGCAUCGUCCCUGGGCAUCCCCGCCUACAUCGUUAUGCCCCGCAUCAGCACACCAUCCAAAAUUGCGGGCACGCAGUCUCAUGGUGCACAAGUCACCUUCAGCGGCUCAACCAGCGUAGAGCGUGAAGCUGUGGUGGCCGAAAUACAAGCAAAGACAGACGCCAUCCUGGUGCCCCCAUAUGACGAUUUCAAUGUCAUUUGCGGGCAAGGUACAACGGCUUUGGAGCUGGAGGCACAGCAUACCGAACAAUCCGAGUCUCGGACAUUGGAUGCGGUUAUCACUCCCAUUGGUGGGGGCGGACUCAACUCCGGCGUCGCGACCUGGUUUUCAGACAAGCAGACACGUGUAUUUGGUGCAGAGCCCAGCUUUGAAGGAGCUGAUGAUUGCCGGCGCGGGCUACAGGCUGGCAAACGUGUGGAAGCCGUCGGCACUCUCACCAUCGCGGAUGGACUACGCACUCCAGUGGGAUUACUCAACUGGGAAGUUAUCUCCAAUGAGAAGAAGGUGGAGGGAGUGUUUGCUGUCACCGAGGAGCAGAUCAAGGCAGCCAUGCGGCUGGUCUUCGAGCGGAUGAAGGUUGUCGUUGAGCCGAGCGCAGUGGUUGGUCUCGCCGCUUGUCUCUUUGACGAGAACCUUCGGCGACGAGUCGAACAAGAGGGUGGCAACCAUGGAUGGGAUGUUGCGGUUGUAUUCAGCGGCGGCAACACAACCGUCGAGGCGAUUGCCAAGCUGUUUACUUGA